ACCCUGCUAUUUGGCAGACUCAUGGAGGCAGACAAUGCAAUUCCUAAGUCAUAACUUUGCUUGCUGCCUUGCCUUGCUGCAGGACAAAUUUGCUCAGCAUUCCUUCUGAAAGAACUGUAAGGUAUGGCAAAACAUAUACCCUUCUAACAUGGAUGUACCUCGAUAAAAAUGUUGCCUUUCUAUGAGUUAAUGUCAUACUGUAUGUCGAUUCUGAUGAGCCAAUCAAAACAAUAUUCGUAGAGUGGUGGUUGGUUGUUAAGAUAUUUUGUUAAUUGUUGCAUCAAUCCUAUGUGUUUUGAUUGCUGUAGCCAUCAUGAAUCCUUCAAGGAGCAGUUGCAUUUAAUCAUUGUAAUGAAUGUACAUUGCUAGCCCAAAGAACUAACUUUGGAGAAGGAGAGAGCUUUUUUGAUUUCUAAAACAUGCUACAGCUAUCAGACAUUCUAGUAUCUAUAUUUGCCAUUCCUUGGAAAACUCGAGUGGAAGAGCAAACUGAAAUAAGUGGUUUAUGAUUUAUCCCGUGACUCACCACUAUUUUCUCUAGCCCCAGGAUGUCUGUGCUGCAGCACAACGUAUCUCCACAGGCAUGAAGAAGAGGGUCAUAUUCCUUUGCUGACCUUUGAAACCAGCCCCCUUUCAAGUUUCUCCCUCCUUCUAGUCUGUCUUUCAUUCUAGUUAGUUAUAAUUCCAGAGAGUGGUUUGGAAUCGGAACACCACUGCUAGCCUCCUCUGUUCCUGCUGCUGCAAAGAUGAAUCAGAAAGUUCUUUUCCUCAUGCUCUUUCUAGCCUUUCUAGCAAUUUUUGCUUUAGUAUGUAUCUUGUUGACCAGAGACGGAAAGUAUGAGAGCUGUGCUUCCCAAUCUCAAGCUUUAACUGAGCACCUAAAUGACAAAUGGAGUUGUCUCUUUGCUGAUUUAUCACAAGAGGAAUUAGUCCAUGUAGUACAGUAUUUGAAAUCCAACCUUGGAGCCACCUUGGAAGAUGCUUCUCGUGCAAAGCCUUCUGAUAACUGCAUUUACUCUGUUGAUUUGGAGUUGCCCUCUAAAGCAGACACAUUAUCAUUUCUGGAUCAUGGAGGAAGAUGCCCACCUAGGCUGGCUUUGGUUGUAGUGUAUUUUGGAAAUCAGCCAGAUCCAAAUGUUACUGAAUAUGUGGUGGGUCCCCUCCCACAGCCAUUGUAUCACCGGGAUGUGACAGUGCAAAAGUAUGGAGGACACGUGCCAUAUUAUCGCAGACCUCCACUGAUUGCUGAAUACCAGCAGAUGGCCCGCUUUCUGCAGACUACAGUGUUUCCCACAGCCCCAAGCUUCAUGCAUGAAGUAUUGAACUACGAUGGAGCCAACCUAGCAGCAAUGACUACAUCGCCAAAGGGAAUGAAAUCUGGGGAUCGUGAAACGUGGUUGAUCCUGUACCAGAAUGUAACUGGUUACUUUUUACAUCCUGUUGGGCUUGAAGUGCUUAUAGACCACAGAAGCCUGGAUAUUACCCAUUGGGCUGUCAAGAAAGUGUUUUUUGGUGGCCAAUACUAUAGGGACAUGGCACAAUUGGAAAGAGAAUUCACAGAGGGGCAUAUGCAUGUGGAAAAGGUGAACAGAGUUCCAGCUGAUGGGGGAUUCUCCUCAAUGAAACCCAGGGUGCGUCAUGCCAAACUCAGUUCCCUGAAUUAUGAACCUUUUGGACCACAUUACAGUGUGAAAAACAACCAAAUCCACUCUGCAUCCUGGAGUUUUGCCUACCGAAUGGAUUUACAUAGAGGACCACAACUUUUUGACAUUAGGUUCAAAAAUGAAAGGGUUGCGUAUGAGCUCAGUGUGCAAGAUGCUAUGUCAGUCUAUGGCUCAAACAAUCCUGGUGGGAUGUCUAUUAGAUACAUGGAUGGGAGUUUUGGAAUUGGAAAGUUCUCAUCUCCUCUUAUGCGAGGGCUUGACUGCCCUUAUUCUGCUACUUAUCUUAAUGUUACCUUCUUAGCAGAAGUAGAAAGACCUCUCAUUACUCGUGAUGCUAUUUGUGUUUUUGAACUGGAUAUGGGAGUUCCAUUUCGGCGUCACUUUUCCAAACUCCACUCUCUGUAUUAUGGAGGGCUACAAAGCACCACAUUGGUCUUUCGCUCUGUGUCCACCAUUGGCAAUUACGACUAUAUCUGGGACUUUUUAUUUUAUCCAAAUGGAGCAAUUGAAAACAAAGUCCGUGCCACUGGUUAUAUAAGUUCAUCUUAUCUCCAUAAUGAUGGUCUAGAAUAUGGAAACAGAGUUGGAGACUACACUCUGGGAACAAUUCAUACACACUUUGUUGGCUUCAAGCUGGAUCUAGAUGUCGCCGGUACAAAAAAUUCCUUGGUUACUAAUGAUAUGACUUUUGAGACAGUGAACACUCCCUGGAAUCCAGACCAUAAGAUUCGGAGAAUGAAACUGGUGAAAAAGGUCUUGGAUACCGAAGAUAAGGCUGCCUUCGGCCAUAAUGAUAAAAUGCCAAGAUACAUAUAUUUUGCAGCAAACAGCACAAAUAAGUGGGGCCAUAAGCGUGGCUACCUAAUCCAGACAAUCAGCUAUGCUGGAGAUCAUCUCCCAGAAUCAGAUCCAAUGGAGAGAGCUAUCAGUUGGGGCAGGUACAAGCUGGCUGUCACCAAGCGAAAGGAGAAAGAACCUUGCAGUACCAGCAUCUAUAAUCAGAAUGACCCAUGGACACCUACUGUUGCCUUUGCAGACUUUAUAGAUAAUGAGACCAUUGUUGAUGAGGAUCUGGUUGCUUGGAUCACCACUGGAUUUCUACAUAUUCCCCAUGCCGAAGAUAUUCCUAACACUGUGACACUUGCAAAUGCAGUUGGUUUCAUUUUAAGACCUUAUAAUUAUUUUGACAAUGAUCCCUCCAUUGACUCGCCUGAUAGUGUGUUCUUCACUGACAAGGAUGACUUCAACUCCUGUGAAAUCAACCAUAUUGCUUGCCUCCCUAAAACAGCUGCUUGCGUACCCAAUCUUCCACCUUUCACUUAUGAAGGUUUUGAAAAUCUGACAAUGCUCUGAUACUCUCUAGGCUUUGAGUCAAUGCUGCUGUUUAUAUUUGAGAGAAUACAGUAGUGGAAAUAGUCAAGCAAAAAAUCUGUGUCUAAGAUAGCAGUCUUGAGACCUUUAUUGUUGACUGUGUUUCAUCUAAAUCUUAGUUCUGUUGACAUUGUACUCACUUGUGUUUGCAACUUAUCUGUAUCAGCCAAAUACUUCUAUCUUUUUUACCCAACUGCUUCUCCUGUUAAUUUUAUAUUUGAAGAUUAUAUUAGAUAUAUCUGUAAAAUACAUUUAAUCCCCACUCUGAAA